CAGGAAAUUAGUCCUCGCGCAUGCGUAUCGUUGGAGCAACGAAUUCCGCCAUUUUUCACGUGUGGACCGCUUCUUUGUGUCGCGUCCAAAUUUUUACACUUUUGUUGCCUACAGGAGCGACAAACCAUGGCCUACAAAGGAGGGAAGGUGCAGAAAGUGAUGGUGCAACCCAUCAACUUGAUUUUCAGGUAUCUGCAAAAUAGAUCUCGUAUCCAGAUCUGGUUAUAUGAACAAACAAACCUGAGAAUUGAAGGGCAUAUUGUGGGGUUUGAUGAGUACAUGAACCUUGUGUUAGAUGAUGCUGAGGAAUAUCACCAGAAGACAAAGGCUAGGAAGACUCUAGGGCGUAUUCUGAUGAAAGGGGAUAACAUCACACUCAUCCAGUCUAUAGAGCCACCAGAGGCCACAGAGGUGCCAUCUUAAUAUUUAUAACCAAGCAAACCUACAAUUAGCCUACAAACAAUCCUGGACAGUCAUACAAGGAAUGCCGUACAAAUCUUCAGUAAUGCCCAACAAAAAACUCUAAAACAGAGCCCAACAAAUUUGAACAAUGCUCAACAAAUCUACAAAAUUUUGGAAGGUGUCAACUAUUUUUUUCUAAUAAACCGUGACCAUUGUCAUUUUUGGAUUUACAUCAUUAUACUUUGAGACAACUGGAGCUAUACAGAAUACCCUUACCUAUAAAUAUGGACAAGCUGGUGCCAUUCAGUGCCAAGGAAGUAUCAUUCGAUUCAUUCAAUCACAUAGUAUUGUAUAUCUACAGACAUACUGGGUAAAUCUUUCAGUAUGAUUCAAACUGGUCUGAUGACACAUACAUACAUCAUAAGUGGAUACAUCAAAGGAAAUUUCUAAGAAACUGAGGAAUACUCCACUUUUCUAAUUUUAUUGUUUUUUUUUGCAAGCUAAUCAUGUUUACAUUCCUGUAGGUGCAUGUACAUAACUUCAUGUUGAUGUCAUUCAUAAACGAUAACCCAAGGCUUUUUCAAAAUAAACAUGUAAUUUUGAGGGUGGCCCAUUAAUUUACAUGGGCAAGAAGAGAUGGAGAGUGGUUCAGGUGUUGACACACACGUGAUUGACAUGUUUGGAUAUAAAAGGUUUUGAAU